AUGGGGUUCCGCAGCUUAAGUGAUUUUAAUCUAGCUUUGUUAGGAAAACAGGCUUGGCGACUGAUCCAGAGGCCUAAUUCCUUGGAGGCCAAAUUGUUUGCUACCAGAUAUUAUCCUUCAGGUGUGUUUUUUGAUGCUACAUUGGGCAACAAUCCUAGCUUUGUGUGGAGAAGUGUUUUCUCUGCAAAGGAUUUUAUCAAAGAUAAUUGUUGUUGGAGGGUGGGUAAUAGAGAAGACAUUAGGGUGUGGUCUAACCCGUGGCUUUAUGGUAGUAAUAACCCUUAUGUUGUAACAGAGAUGGUUGAGGAUUUGAAGAAUAUUAGAUUAAAGUGUGUAAUGAAAACUGAUGGUUUAAGCUGGGAUGAAGAAGUUAUUCAGGAUAAAGGGAUGCGGAGCAGAUUCUUUAAAUCCCUUUGGGGAUUAGUUCUAGACCAGAUCCUCUAUCAAUCCUCUGUUUUGGUGUGGCGAAGACUACGGAAAUCUGCUAUUCCUCCUAAAGUUAAAAACUUCAUUUGGAGGGCGAUUUUAAAUAUUCUUCCAACUUGUUCUAGCUUAAGUGGCAGAAGGGUUGAUGUCUUUGAUGUGUGUCCUAUGUGUGGGGGUGAACGUGAGACUGCUAGAAUUUGGGACAGUGGAAACAAGAAGGUGUGGAAGCAACAGAAUAUCUCUUCUAGUUUUGUUGUUUCUUCCGCUCGCAGAUAUCUUCUGCAGUGGCAAGAUGCGCAACAUCUUCAGCUGAUCGACCAUGCUUCUUCCUUGCUUCGACAUCAAGUUAAGUGGUCUCCUCCUAGUGUUGGUCGUCUGAAGUGUAAUUUUGAUGCUGCUACUAGUUGUUUGCAUAAUCGUGUGGCUACUGGUUGGAUUAUCAGAGGUUCUGCAGGUCAAUUUCUUGCAGCUGGUUUUAAAACUUUCGAAGGAGGCUCUAAUGCUUUGCAGGCUGAAGUGUUGAGUUUUAAGGAAGCUUUGAACCGGGUGAAGAACAAUAAUUGGGGAGCAGUUGACUUUGAAUCAGAUUCUAUGUUACUGUUUCAGUCAUUCUUUAACUCCUUUACUGAUUUAUCUUACGUUGGGGUGCUUAUUGAUGAUUAUCAUUGUUUUUUUAAGGAACUAGGUGAUAGUUCCCUUUCUUUUAUUAGGAAAUCAGCGAAUCAGGCUGCUCAGUGUUGCACGAGCGUCUGUUCUAUGUCUGGUUCCUUGGAAUGGAGUUCUACUGCUCCUUCCUUUCUAGAGGAUGUACUAAACUUUGAUCUUAAUUAUUGCUUGAAUAAAUCCAUUCUUUUUUGGUAA